AUGACUAUUUUUCAGAGGCAACGGAAGAUGCUCCCAUCUGCUCACCCAGGCCAGGAUCGAAGAGGUGAAAGGCAAGGGAAGGGAGGCAUGGAGAAAUUUUAUCAUUUACUAGACCUGUGUGUCAAACACCACACGUUUCUGGGCAUGAGCUUUUUGAGCCUCCUGACCGCCGGCGGGGAGCGCCUCUUCUCUAGCGUGGUAUUCCAAUGCCCCUGCAGUGCUACUUGGAACUUGCCCUAUUCCAUUACCUUCUUCCUACUUCCAGCCCUGAUACUCUUCUCUUUGGGCUGUGUGCUGAGUUCUCAAGCCGGGAAGCUGGUGACUGGUUGCUGCGCCCAGGACCCAGGGGACGAGCAUAAUGGCUCAUGCUGCCAAACUAAACGGCAACCGUGCAAGAAGGUGGCGAAGUGGUGUCGCAUCUUCUUGAUCGCUGCGGUGGCGCCAGUCACCUGGAUCGCAGUGGCAUUCCUUGGCGGUGAUUUUUUUGCGUGCGCCGCUAGUGCUAGCUCGUGGGCGCAGAAAAGCUUGUGCGACAAACAGUACUCCGGCUGUUUGGGAAAAGUGGCGAACAUAACCUGCCAGAAACAAAUAUCCGGGCCAACUGAAGCGUUCUUGAAGGAGUUAAGGGCUGUGUCCCAGGUGGCAGGCUGGUCCUUGAUAGCUUUAAUGACAGUUGCCUUUGUGAUAUUCAAGUCCUGUACUUCUUGCACAUCUCCAGUUAGUUUUCUUCACUUCAGGUUCCUGAAAAUCUAUGAGAAAAAGGAACAAGAGAUAUUAAAGACUGAAAUGAAGAGGCUUGCUACUGAAAUGGCAAAAAAGAAUGUCAACUACUUCUUUAAAAAUUCCUAUGAGAAGGAGGAUAUAAAAAUCCCAAACCCUACGGCCUGGAAGGAGAUUUCAGCAGUGUAUGAGAUCGAUGAAAACUAUUGUAGUUCAUUACACGAAUAUGUAUUGUGUGGAGAUGCAAAGGAUGGAAACUCUGCAAAGACGCAGGGACAGUCUCACCCAGAGUCCCAGGCCGAAGAAGUAGCUCCCAGUCAAGAUCUUGCCUAAUUGAGAUUAAGGGGUUUAAGCAGUUCUCCACACCAAGAACAUCAUCAAUGGACUUAGGAGCAUAGAUUUAAAGUGGAGAGUGACUUCAUUUUGCAAAUGAGGCCCAGGAUAGUUAAUUGAAAACAUUUUGAGUUCAAUUUUUUGCAAAGACACUAAUUUUGUUAAUAAACUGGAGCCACAUUUCAUCGCAAUUUCUCUUUUGGUAUUGGUUUGUCUUUAAUUGAGUUUUUUUAUUUGUUCUUUUUCUAGUUUUUUAGUUGUAUGAGCAAUUAAUUGAUUUGCUUUUUCUCUAUUUUAUUGAUAUAAGCAUUUCUAGAUCUAAAAUUUCCCCAAGUCCUGUUUUGCCUGUAUCUCAUAUAUUUUGACAUAUUUUCUCAUUGUUGUCAUUCCCUCUAAAGAAAUUAUCGAUUGUUUCUUUGACCCACUCAUUUUUCAGAAUUAGUUUCCAAUAAGUUAUUAAUUUGUCUUCCUUUGGCCCCUCAUUGAAUAAAAUUUUU